AUGCGUUCUUCUCGCCGUGUUCAUCUUUCAAUUCUGUGGUUUUUCCUCUUUUCCCAGUGGCCGACGACUACAUCCGCCGUCAGAAAGGCAGGCAUCAUUUCUCUAGUGUUUUUGUUGUCAUUCUUUGGUUCCGAGUCAGCCGUCUUUUUUCUGAUCACACCUUGUGUUCCUCUUUCUAUGAUCCAGUCGUAUGUUGUGUACAUGGGUAGCCAUCCUCGGACUCGAGGAGAAGGUUUCUCGGUCCAGACGGAUGAGGUGACCGCCUCCCAUUACGAGUUUCUCGGAUCAUUCCUAGGCAGGUGAUUGAAGUCUAAUUCCAGAUCCAUGGACAUCUGAUCUCCUCUUUACUAAUCCUUUCAGGAAGAUCUUAAGCAGCCCUUUGUGUGAAUUAUGUUGCAGCAAGGAGAAGGCACAAGAGGCCAUCUUCUACUCAUAUACGAGGUACAUCAAUGGGUUCGCAGCAGUUCUCGACGAGAAGGAGGCGAUGGAGAUAUCAAGUGCGGUGCCGCUCUCUCAUCUGUUCCGGCGACUCCAUCGUCCAUGUUCCCUCAUCUUUAUUUCUAAAUUACCUCCGUUUUUGCAUUCCUUGGCGUAAAUAACUACAGAGUCACCGCGGGUCAUGACGGUGUUUCCUAACGAGGGACAAGAAUUACACACGACGCGUUCUUGGGAAUUCCUAGGACUGGAGGUCGAUGGCAUAGUGACGGCGGACUCCAUAUGGACGAAGGCGAGGUUCGGGGAGGACACCAUCAUCGGGAAUCUUGACACUGGUAUUGCUGCCCCCAUGCGCUUUUUUCUUGGUUCUCUUUUCUCUUUUCUAUCCAUCAGUUAAGAUGAAACCGGCCACUCAAUUGACAAAGGCUGAGACUCAAUCCUUUGGAUUUGUUCGUUAUCGACUUCAACAAAGGGGUCUGGCCAGAAUCCACCAGCUUCAACGACAAAGACUUGGGGCCCGUCCCGUCGAGGUGGAAGGGGAUCUGCGAGAACGGCCCCAACGACCCUUUUCGGUGCAACAGGUACGAUGCCCGAACCUAGAUUUCCAACUCGACUCAAAAACGCUGCAAUGAUCACUAUCGUCCAAAUCCUUGAGCCGAUAUCUAUACUUAUGAUCCUGAACACUACGAUCUUACGUGACUAAGGUGUCACUCGGUUGGUCGUAGUUCCGUGUACUUCUUUUCCUCCUUAUGUUCUUCUAUCCUCUGUCAUAGAUGGAUCAAGUAGUUCUUCCCCACCAUGUGGAAUAUUCAAUUACCCAUAAUAAAAAUCCCCGAUAUAUUCUUGUAGAAUUUAGGAAUGGGAUACAUUCUUAAAUAAAAGAAGUUCUUUGGCGGCCAACAGCCACGAUAUUGAUGCAUGGUGGAAUCCCGUUGACGCAGGAAAUUAAUAGGGGCCAGAUCUUUUAAUAAGGGCUACGUGGCUGCCGUAGGCACCAGUGAUGCCAGCGUGAAGACGACUCGGGAUUUCGACGGCCACGGCACUCAUACCCUCUCCAUCGCCGGCGGCGCAUUCGCGCCUGGAGCCAGUCUCUUCGGGUUUGGAAACGGCACAGCCAAGGGCGGGUCUCCCAAUGCCCGCUUGGCGGCGUAUAAGGUCUGCUGGCCAAUAUUAAGGGACACCUUGUGCUUUGACGCCGACACCAUCGCUGCCUUCGACGCAGCCAUCCAUGACGGCGUGGAUGUGCUAUCCGUAUCCCUUGGUGGGCCCCCCAGCGACUACCUCGGGAACGGAAUUGCCAUCGGAUCUUUUCACGCAGUAAAGAACGGGAUCACCGUGGUAUGCUCUGGAGGGAACUAUGGCCCUUACUGGGAAACGGUGUCUAACGUUGCGCCAUGGAUAUUCACCGUCGCCGCCAGUACAGUUGACCGAGAGUUCCCCGCCUACGCGGUGCUUGGAAAUGGCAAGCAACUCAAGGUCGACCGCCACUUUUGCCACUAAAACCAGACUGUCGGAAACGUACUGAAGCUCUACUCCGGUUGUGAUUGACUGGUGCAGGGUCAAAGCUUCUCCAGCACCAUCCUGCCGCCGGGCCGCUUCUACCCUCUGAUCACCUCCUUGGACGCUCGAGCUCCCAAUUCGACCCUCGACGAAGCGUAAGGAGAAUGACCAUGUUGCUUCCUCCAUUAACUGUGUUAUCCUAUCAUGAUUUCCGUCACUAAUAUCGGGGAGGGAUUUGGAAAUGGCAGUGCGUUCUGCUUCAUAGGAGCCUUGGAUCCGCAGAAGGUGAAAGGAAAGAUUGUGGUGUGUUUUGUUGGGAAUGUCACCGGGGCAGCGAAGAGUCGGGCGGUGCUCCUGGCUGGUGGUGUGGGUAUGCUUCUGCCAAAUAUCCCGAACCAGGGAAACAACGUAAUAGCUCAGGCAUUUGUCCUCCCCGCCCUUGGCCUUUCCUUUCGAAACGGGGGCAUCCUUGAGGCUUACAUGAACUCCGCCAAGUAAGUAGAUUUAGAGAUUUCUACGUAUAAUAAUUUGCGUUACAUUUGUUAAAGGAAUGAGAUAUAUUUAAUUAUCUAAAGUUAAAGAUAACAGCCGCCAGUCCUCUAUCCUGUUGGACGGAAACUAAGCAACGGUCUUUAUAAUAACAUGAAAUCAAUUGGGUCAGAAUUAGGUAUAGUUUUGGGAAAUCUAUGUAUUUAGGAUUGAAAUAUGAUCUAACAUUAUUGGAAGACGGACUAGUUUUCUCUGUUUUUGAUACUCCUUGUUUCUUUCUUUCCCAAAAAUGAAAUGGUUGUUCCAGCAUCGUUCUGUUCGUUCAAUUAAAUUUACAAUAAAAUUGUAUAAUGUAAGGUAGAAAAGUCAAGAGCAACUAAAUCCUGUCAAAAAUCUGUUUCAACAGAGUUAUUGCUUAGCGACGCUAAUUCAACAGCUUUUUAUUUUAGAUUAAGGAUAAAACAGAAAAAAAUGUCUUCUUUUACGAAAAGGUUGGGACCAUAUCCUAGGCUGUCCCCUUACAAGACACUUGCUCGGUUGCAGGUCCCCAGUUGCUAGCAUCAGGCCGCCAACAACAGCUUUGGGCACAAAGCCGGCGCCUUUCAUGGCAUAUUUCUCAUCUCGAGGACCUAACGUUAUCAACCCGGAGAUACUCAAGGUCGGCUUUCAACCAUUUCUCUCAUUCCUUCUCUUCCCCAUCCUCUCUAUCACUCCCCUCCCAUCAUCUCCAUCCUUAACACCUUCUCUUUCCUCCGUCUCCCCUGUGUCUCUCUGUCGAUCUAACUCUUCUUCUCUGCCUCUCUCUCUCUCUCUCUCUCUCUCUCUCUCUCUCUCUCUCUCUCUCUCUCUCUCUCUCUCUCUCUCUCUCUCUCUCUCUCUCUCUCUCUCUCUCUCUCUCUCUCUCUCUCUCUCUAUCUAUCUCUCUCUCUCUAUCUAUCUCUCUCUCUCUAUCUAUCUCUCUCUCUCUAUCUAUCUCUCUCUUUCUCUCUCUUUCUCUCUCCCUCGCAUCUUCAGUCUGUUCCUGCCCCCCUUACCCUCCUUGUGUGUUAAUAUAUCGUUCCAUCCUUCUCUCUAUCCCUUACCUUCUCCAAGUCCGUAAAUGACGCACGUAUUCUCAAACUCAGCAAAGUCUCCGUUAAAUUGUCUACAGCCGGAUAUCACCGCGCCGGGUGUGAGCAUCCUCGCGGCCUUCACAGAAGCAGCCGGCCCGUCCAAUGAGCCCUUCGACACUCGUACGGUUCCGUUCAACUCGCUAUCUGGAACGUCAAUGUCGUGCCCUCACAUCUCCGGGGUCGCUGGCCUACUGAAAACCCUCCACCCGGACUGGAGCCCUGCAGCGAUCAAGUCGGCCAUCAUGACUACCGGUGAACUUCCUCAACAGGCCGUCAAACUAGGUGUAUAUCACGCUCUCUUCUCCAUCUCAUCUAAAUCUGUGGUUGUGUGGGGCCGUGCAGCGACGACCGAAGACAACCAGAGAAAUCCCAUACUAGACUCGUUCUUCUUCAAUGCCACCCCGUUCAGCUACGGCGCCGGGCACGUCCACCCGAACCGCGCGAUGGACCCCGGCCUGGUCUACGAUUUGGCAACGGAGGACUACCUCGACUUCCUCUGCGCCAUGGGAUACAGCACCAGCCAGGUGGCCGCCUUCUCCGGGACGUCCUUCUCGUGCCCUCUCAACCCUCGCCGCCCCCUGGACCUCAACUAUCCGUCCAUCACGGUGCCACGGCUCUCUGGCCGGACGACCGUCUGGAGGAAGGUGAAGAACGUCGGCACGCCGGGCAAGUACGCGGUGCACGUGAAUGCGCCGCCUGGUAUAUCGGUGACGGUGGAUCCAGUGAGCAUCGAAUUUACGGAUUACGGGCAGGAGGAGUCAUUCAAUGUCACCUUGGAAGCCAAUGUCGGUGCAGUGGCUGGUGAAUACGUAUAUGGGAGGCUAACAUGGUCGGACAUGAUUCAUAAUGUGACAAGCCCUCUAGUGAUCGGUAUCGUCUAA